CAAAACCCUAAAUCAUCAACCAGGGAUGGAGGACAGCUCCACUCCGGGCAAUCUAACCAAGCAUGGUCAAUAUCCCUGUUAGGGAGCAGUGAAGCACCAAUAGAGAGAGAGAGAGAGAUCAUUAAUGGGGAAUGGUAAGGUAUAACAAGAGCUGGAUAGGUCAGUGUCAAGAGUCGUGAGAGGACGAAGAAGGGGGUCGGGAGAAGCUAGGGGUCAACGGAGAAAAGGUGGAGAGGACAUGAUCCGAAUCGCGUAAGUGAGGCGAGGAGUUAAGAGGGGGGAAUAGAUUAGGGGGCAGCAUCCAUUUUUAGCGACUUCAGCUUGAUGGGGAGUGGAAAAUAGGCUAAAAGCGAGCAGGGUGUGGCUUCUGUUCCCAAAAUGACUUUUGGAUAGCCUCUCCGGCACCCAAAUGACCAAUUCCCCGGAAGGCGCAUACGAAAUGUGAUCCACAUAGGUCCUUAAGUUGCCGGAUCUUGUCAUCCACUCUUUCAUGUCAAUUGCUGUCUUGGAUAAGAAUAAGAGCCAUUGAUUUGAGGAAAGCCUAUUGGAUAUGAUAUAUAUUGGAUUUGGAUCCUGGAGUCUUAAAUUAUGGUCUUCUUGAAGGAAAAAUAACCUUUGCUCUUUCAUUACCUCUCCUCAAUAUCCUGUAACCCGCACGAGGGAGACACAGUGUUGAAUGUUCUAUAGCUUCAACUCUUUUUUGUUCCGCAUAUUAUACGCCUACUUGAAACUUCUGGUUUCAAAAGCUCCAAUUUGCAAGAACAUUAGACAAUUACAACUUUGCAUGAGACCAUUAUUUAAUAAAGCAAAGUAACUUCAAUGCAAUGCUAAAAUGGUCAUCAGUAGCUAUGAGUUAUUGUAAUGGCAUCAAAGUAGUGCAUAACAUUAACAUGGCAGCAUUAUAUGUACACAUAUGUUCGUAGUCUUAUAUUAUAAUAGAUUGCUGUGUUGUGGAUAGACUUUAAAGAUGAAGUGAAACGAAGUUUUCUUGAAGUUUUGCGGUGGAUGUGCCCCAUCGGGUAUCAGUCUCAUCACUGUAUUGAUGCUUGGUAUUGAGAAAGUAAGAUGCCCUCUGUCAAUUUCAAAGCGUGAUGGUACUUGGGGUGGGUUAACUUAGGAGGAUUAGUUUAGCCAGAUUUUAGUUUCUAUGUGUAACACGGCAUUUACUUCAAUUGAUGAAUAUUAGAAUAUUGUAGCAGAUUCUCCACAACCAUAAGAAGAAGAGAAAAAUAAGAAAAAAGUGAUUCCGAUGUAGUCGGUCAACAAUGGACGCAAACAUGUUGUCCUGAGCCAAAAAAGUAAUGUGACACGGAACGUGAUCCUGACCCAAAAAAAGGACUUCUGGAUUGACCAUAAAUUGAGGAGGACGAACAUCUAACUAUGACAAACAUAUUUACGAGUCUAAUAUUCCAGAAUGAUUUUGCUAGAGCAAAGUAUUCAAAAUCAAAAAAAAAAAAAGAAUUAAAUAUUUAAAAUUGAAUAAUGAAAGAUCUCAUAAUAAUACAAUAAUAAUAACAGAUUUAUGCUAUUUUAAAUAUUUUAAUUAUUUAUAUAGGAGAAAAUUAGUAAUGAAGACACAAGAAUAAAAGCAACUCCACAGCAAUAACAUACACCAAAUAUUCUUGAUUCCGUGAAUAAAUUCAUAAUGCAUAAAAGCUUCCUGAAUUUUUGUAAUUAAAUCAUUAGAUCCACGUAUAAUUACUAAAUAGUUAGAUAAUACCUUAUGGAUAUUUAUCUUUAAAUAAUUUGAAAAAACUCAACCAAUAAGAAAAGAAAAGAUAACUCAAAAUUUCUCAAUGAUUCAGAGAAUUAUGUUACCAAUUUACUAAAACCAUAGCCUAGCGUCAUCGAAUACAGUGAAGAUGCAAUCCCGGUGAGAAAACUCGAGAGAAGUAAACAAAAUGAAGGAAUAAAUAAAUUUUAAAAAAAAAUCAACUGGGAUCUGAUCUGACACAAUUCGCACUAUGUUCCAUGGUUUCCAACAUGUCGUUGUCCAACACACUGCUAAAGCGUGGAACCGUAGUAAACGCUACCACCCCAGCCUCUCUACCACAUCCUCAAGACCCAAAACGCACGCUUCACCUUUGAAACGAUGGAAGAAGGAAAGGAAGAAGAGCACUCCAUGUUUGAGAGUAGCUAUCUGCUGGGGGCUCUCUUGGCAUCCUCCCCUCUGCUGACACAAGCCUGGAGUCAGUGCAUGCGUGCCAACGCCGGAGGCUCGAGCUUUACGCUCGAGCGGUACGAUGAGACGGUCUACGUCGCGUUCUCCGGUGUCCAGACCGGGGUGCCGGUCACCCAUAGCUUGGUUCCGAUCGGCAGUGGCGGGCAUGGGCUCUUCUCUCCGUUGGUGGGUGGCGAGGUGGGUGGUAGCGAGCCGGUGCUCGUCCAAGCCGCCAUCCUCCAUGUCUUUCUUGCUUUGUUUCGCACCAAUGAAUUCCAGAUGCUGGCAACAGAGAUCAAAAACAAGGCAGUAAUAUUCACAGGCCACUCGAUCGGAGGCGCCCUCGCUUCCCUCGCUGCCCUUCACUUCCUUUGCUCAUCAUCUUGCUCUAGUUAUCCAUCACCUUCUGCUCUUUUCUGCAUCACAUUUGGAAGCCCAUUGCUCGGAAAUGAAGCACUAUCUCGAGCUGUGCAGAGGGAAAGAUGGUGUGGUAAUUUCUGCCAUGUCGUUGCCCGGCACGACGUUGUACCAAGGCUCCUCCUUUGCCCUCUCAACCUGCUCUCUCCUCAGCUAGUGAUCCACCUACUGCAGUCAUGGCAACUCUUGCUUCAGUGUCCUCAGGUUGCAAGGCCCACAUCGGCAUUGUCUGAUCAAGAGAAGGCAGAAUUGCACGCACUUAUCUCAAUGCACAUUGAUGCGGCAGCAACCGAGCAAGAGAUAUCUGCUGCAACUCAGCAAAGGAGCCCAUAUUGGCCAUUCGGGAACUAUGCGUUGUGCUCGGUGGAAGGGGUUGUCUGCUUCGAUGAUCCACUCGUCGUGGUGCGAAUGCUCCACUCGACAUUCAUGACAGGGUCUAGCAUUGAGGAGGAACAUCUCUCAUAUGGAGAUCUUUUCGGAAAAAUACUAGAGAACCUGCUACUAAAGAAGAGAAUUGCCACUGAAGAGGUGCCGGAGUCUAAUUUUGGUGCAGGAAUUUCACUGGCACUUGAGGCAUCUGGCAUUGGAAACCAGGACAUGGGAGCUCUGAGGGCACGUCAAUGCUUAAAGAUGUCAAAGAGAAUGGGAUGCAGUCCCGGUUUGAUCAGUGCCAGUCUAGCGAUAAAGCUAGGCAAGAUAACGCCAUGGCGUGCCCAGAUCGAAUGGUACAAAGCCUCUUGCGACGACGAUAUGGGCUACUAUGACUCCUUCAAGCUCAGGAAAUUCCCCAAGAAAGACUCCAAGACUAACAUGAAUCGCCAUAGGCUGGCCAAGUUCUGGGACGAUCUCAUCGACAUGCUCCAAAACAGUCAACUGCCUCAUGACUUCCACGAGCGAGGAAAGUGGGUCAAUGCAGCUCAAUUCUACAAACUCCUGGUGGAACCAUUAGACAUCGCCGAGUACUAUAGAGUCCAGAUGCACAAGAAGAAAGGCCACUACUUGACUCAUGGGAGGGAGAGGAGGUAUCAAGUGUUUGAUAGGUGGUGGAGAGAUAGGAAGAAAGAUUCUUAUGAGGGAGAGAACUCGAAGAGGAGCAAGUUUGCAGGGUUGACACAGGAUUCUUGCUUCUGGGCCAAGGUAGAGAUGGCAAAAGAAUGGUUAGAGGAUGCUAGGACUGAGAGUGAUCACGUAGAACUGGCACAAACUUUGGAGAAGUUGAAAGGAUUCGAGUCUUACGCAAAGCAAAUGGUUGAAGGGAAAGAGGUCUCCAUAGAUGUGCUGGCUCCACGUUCGAGUUAUACACUGUGGGUGGAAGAAUGGAAGGAUCUGCAGUUGAACUUAGGCUUGCAAAUUGCACCUUGAUUUCACCCUUGAUGUAUACUUUUUCUCUUUUUCUCUCCUUCUAAAUAUUAACUUAGUAAUUUUUUAGCAGUAUGAGUAUAGCUAGCGUGCUAGUAUGAUGUCCUAAAGAAUUCUGCCAUGGAACUAAGCUUUCUAUCAGAUAGCCUGUCGGUAGGAUGUAUGACUGAUUACUAUAUACAGUUGCAGUUCUAGAUAAUGUAACAAAAUAAUAUUAUGUAAAUCUCUUGAAUUAUGUUGGAGAAAUAGUAUUUAUUAAUUGAAA